UUCACUUCGCUGAGAACAACGAUCACUACCAAUAUCACCAUCCCCUUAAACUGAAUUCUCGCGACUUGCUAUAUCAUUAGAACCUGCAGCGUUCCACAGCGGUAGCACGUCGCUCUCAAGAUGGCUGCGCCCAUCACCACCGUGUCCGACUCGAAGGAGCGCCAGGGGCUCAAUCUCAUCGCCGCUCACUCUCAUAUCCGCGGCCUCGGCGUGACGCCGGACACGCUCACACCAAAGCAAAAUGCCGAUGGCCUGGUCGGACAGCAACAGGCGCGCAAAGCCGCCAGCGUGAUCCUGCAGAUGGCUAAGGAGGGAAAGAUUGCUGGUCGUGCUGUGUUGAUCUCUGGUCCUCCAAGCACAGGAAAGACUGCCAUUGCGAUAGGAAUGAGUAAAGGGCUGGGCGAGGAUGUGCCAUUCACAAUGCUCGCUUCUUCAGAAAUCUUCAGUCUGGAGAUGAGCAAGACAGAGGCGCUGGAGCAGGCUUUUCGGAAAUCAAUCGGUGUGCGGAUACGAGAGGAGAGCGAAGUCAUUGAGGGCGAGGUGGUUGAAAUUCAGAUUGAUCGAUCUGUGACGGGAAACAACAAGAGCGGGAAACUGACACUGAAAACGACGGAUAUGGAGACGCUCUACGAUAUGGGUACACGCAUGAUUGACAGCAUGACAAAGGAGAAGGUCAUGGCGGGUGAUAUCAUCAGCAUCGACAAAGCGAGCGGCAGAAUCACGAAGCUGGGUCGAAGCUACACAAGAAGUCGAGACUACGAUGCGGUCGGCUCAGAUGCGAAAUUUAUCCAAUGUCCGGAUGGCGAGCUCCAGGUCCGUCGCGAUACUGUGCACACCGUCUCACUCCACGAGAUUGAUGUGAUCAAUAGCCGGACCCAGGGCUUCCUGGCACUCUUUUCCGGAGACACAGGCGAGAUCAGAUCAGAAGUGCGAGAACAGAUCAACACGAAAGUUGCUGAAUGGAAAGAAGAGGGCAAGGCAGAAAUCGUCCCGGGAGUACUAUUCAUCGAUGAAGUCCACAUGCUCGACAUCGAAUGCUUCAGCUUCAUCAACAGGGCAUUGGAAGAUGAGCUUGCACCGAUUGUGAUCAUGGCUUCGAACCGCGGUUCAACGACCAUCCGAGGAACAAACUACCGCAGCCCGCAUGGUCUACCACUCGACUUCCUCGACCGUGUGGUGAUUAUCUCAACGCAUCCAUAUCAAGGUGAGGAGAUCAAAGAAAUCCUGAAGCUGCGAGCACAAGAAGAGGAAAUCGAUGUCUCACCCGAUGCGUUGGCAUUGCUCACGAAGAUUGGAGAGGAGACGGGCCUCAGAUACGCGAGCAAUCUCAUCACGACAUCACAACUAUUAUCGCAGAAGCGGAGAGCAAAGGAGGUGGAGGUCGGCGAUGUGCAGCGGAGCUUCCAACUUUUCUACGAUCCGAAUCGGAGUGUCAAAUUCAUCUCCGAGUUUGAGAAGCGUUUUAUUGGUGAGGAUGGAGGAGUGACUUUGGGCGCUGCGUCGAAUGGAGUGAGCAACGGCGAUGCUAUGGAGGUGUCAUGAGCCCGACACAGUGUCAAAACAGCUUAAUAUAAGACGACAUUGAACAG